AUGGCAUUUGGGAAAGCAUAUCACCUUCCAGCAGAAUUGGAGCAUCAAGCAUACUGGGCUAUAAAGAAGUUGAAUCUAGAUCCUGAAUUAGCAGGUAAGAAACAAAUAACACAAUUGCAUGAACAAGAGGAAUUCAGGCUCCAUGCGUAUGUAAAUGCCAAGUUGUAUAAAGAGAAGACCAAAAAGUGUCAUGACAAGCAUAUUGGAUCAAGAACCUUUGAGCCUAGCCAUUUGGUUUUACUAUUCAAUUCAAGACUGGAGUUGUUCCUUGGAAAACUUUUGGCUAAGUGGAGUGGGUCAUUUGAGGUGGUGAGAUGA